UACGGGAACCAAGGUCAGCAGCCCUUGAAUUCCCAGGUCUCUCUGCUGACUCCGAAUGGAGAAAUCACUACCCUGACACAUCCUCUAGCCUUGCAUAUGGUCACUGUCCUCCCUGUCCACCUGCCAUACCUCAGUCCUGAAAUCCUGAGGUUUCUUGAGGUACAUGUAAAGAAAUGGAUGCAUUUCCAGAGGUGGGGGCUCCCCAGACAUGUGGAGGAGUCCCUGAGACAGUUCAUGCCAAACCCGCCAUUGUUUUACCAACCUAUAAAUAACCAACCAGUUUCUUUCAUCCAGAACGAUACUUCUCAGCUCUCUGUUGAGAAAUUUGCGAACAUUUCCUACUAGACCUGGGGUUCAUGUACGGCUGGCCAGCCAACCCAGGCCUUCUGGGUUUCUGAGUGGUCCAUUCUGGACCUAGGACAAAGAUACAACUACCAGCAAAUCCCAAACCAUAUGGCUCUAGCCUUGCCCUCUCCAGCCCUUAAAGACCUAAGUGGCCUCGAUCCACUUCCUGGGCCACAGGCUCAUGACUCAGUGGGCCAUUUGCAGCAGGAAUACAGCCAGCUAUUCUGUGGCCUCCCUUCUCUGCACAGUGAGUCCCUGGUUGAUGUCUUCCUCGGCUGUCAAGGCCUCUCCAUGAACAGGAACAUGUCCAAGGCCCCCUUGAAGGAUCCUUUUCUCUUCAAGGAGCUCUCCUUCCUACCUCUGCCGCCUAAAACUCCACCCAUGACAGCCAUACCCUCUGACUCAUCUUCUCCAAAGUGGGUGACUCAGUCUGACCACCAACAAGCUCAGAUCAAUGUCCCAUUUCUGACAAUGGCCGAAUGUGAAGCUCUGGAGUGGCACGUGCUACAGAGGCAGCUCCAACUUCACUGGGGUUUGCCAGAAGUUUUCCAGAGAUCUCCACACACUCAGAGCCCUGUGCACUAUAAGCCCUGUGACAAAGCCCAGUCUGCUGAGACUGGGAAAACCUCCUGGCAAGGAAAGCCCAUCUCAGCCCGGACCAGAGAAAUACACUUCUUCCCGGAGCAUGCCCGGAGGCUGCUGGGAUUCCACCUCCAGAGGCAGUUGAUUCACCAUCGCUGGGGCCUGCCCCAGAAGAUCCAGCAGUCCAUCCAGUUGCUCCUGUCCCCCGCUGAUCAGCACACUCUGCCCUGGAACAGCACAGCCCUAGCCAAUGUGUGA